GGACAGUCCAGACACUCCAAAGUCCAAACGGCAUCUGCAACCGCUUCCAUCCGGAUCGCUUCUCCUUCCCCGUGCCUCCUCGGCGACGGCGGCGAGAUGGACGGGGAAGGGCGGCCGUUGCUCGCGGACAAGGUGCCGGACCACCCGGAGCAGCACUUCACGUCGGGGGAGGUGGUCCGCGACGUCAUCAUGGGCGUCUCCGACGGCCUCACCGUGCCCUUCGCCCUCGCCGCGGGGCUCUCCGGCGCCAGCGCGCCCUCCUCGCUCGUGCUCACCGCCGGCCUUGCCGAGGUCGCCGCCGGCGCCAUCUCCAUGGGCCUAGGAGGGUAUCUCGCGGCCAAGAGCGAGGCAGACCAUUACCAGAGGGAGAUGAAAAGGGAGCAGGAGGAGAUCAUCGCCGUCCCGGACACUGAGGCUGCUGAGAUUGGCGAGAUCAUGUCGCAGUAUGGGCUCGAACCUCAUGAGUAUGGCCCUGUGGUGGACGGGCUCCGUAGGAAUCCUCAAGCUUGGCUCGACUUUAUGAUGAAGUUCGAGCUGGGAUUGGAGAAGCCAGACCCUAAAAGAGCUGUGCAGAGUGCUUUAACGAUUGCGCUAUCUUAUGUCAUUGGUGGAUUGGUCCCUCUCCUUCCCUACGUGUUUAUCUCCACAGCCCAGAACGCCAUGCUCACAUCUGUUGGUGUCACUCUGGUCGCACUACUUUUCUUUGGCUACAUCAAGGGCAGCUUUACUGGAAACCGCCCAUUCCUCAGCGCUGUCCAAACUGCUAUUAUCGGCGCACUUGCUUCUGCUGCAGCAUAUGGAAUGGCCAAGGCCGUGCAAGCUAGAUGAUGCUUAGAGCCCUCAUGUGUUCCCUAUCUGAAGUUUCAGACUUUCUUUCAGACUUUCAGUAGUUGCACUGAAUCCUAUGAAGCUGCAAUGAAUCGCAAUUAUCAGAUUAAGCAAUUGUACUUUACCUUUCCUGUAACAAUGAAUAAGUUUUGGGAAUCAUAAAAAUAAAAGCAUGCUAUCCUUAAGUUCUA